AUGAUUUGGUGCUACGUGUUCGGUGUAAUGGAUCACUCCUGUGAAGUUAUUAGAUUCCUUGGCACAUUCCCAUCUCAACAUCUUCUUCGUCUUCUCUUUCCUAUCAAUGACCAUAAUCGCUAUCGGGAGUUUAAUCAAUCAUCAAAAGUACUCCAUCUUCGGGCCAAUUAUGAAGAACUUCUGCGUAUACUGAACAAUGAGGAGCGUGGUCUGUUCCGUGUGGCUGAGAAGAUGAGUGAUUUUCUGCUACAAAAUCAGAUAACACCGUCUGCCAACGAUUCGACCAACGUCCUCUCCCAACUGGUGUGCAAUCCUCUUGCCUAUAACCCCUUCACGGCGGAGCAGUGGUCUGUGGCUGUCAGAUGCUUCAGCGAUCGUAUUCGCCCGGCUGAAGAAGCAGCCAUACCCUACCUUCGUAAUUACCUGGCGACGGCAGCACAAAAAUGUAGGUUCCAUUUCGUUUAG